AAGACCAAGACUCCAGACUUCACCCGUGACCGUGAGCUAGGUCUCCAGACUCUCCACCGGAUCCCCCUCCCGUCAAGCAUCGGCACCACCGAUCAAGCACCGAAUCCCCCUCCCAAUCCCGUCAAGAAGCGGCACCACCGGUCAAGCACCGGCACCGGCCAUCAUCUCUCCCGUCAACCACCAGCACCACCCAUCCCCUCCGUUUUCCUUAUAUCCAGUUGCAAUGCGUUCAGAGCCAAAACCCUAGUUCUCGAUUUCCCCCAAAUUAGGGUUUCGAUUCAAAGAGAUGGAGGAUGAGGAGAUCGAGAAGAAGGUGCUCGCAUACUUGAAGAAAAAGGGCUUCUUGCAGACCGAGCUCGCCCUUCAAGAAGAGCUUGGUCGGUUCUCGUCCUCCUUUCACCCCGAUGUCCCCAGGCCAGAGAGUGGUGCGCUUCGAUAUCAUGAUGGUUAUAGCAAGCUAAGAUCUUGGGCGUACAGUUCUUUGGAUUUGUAUAAGCACGAGCUUCUUCGUGUGCUCUAUCCGGUAUUUAUACAUUGCUUCAUGGAUCUUGUAGCUGCAGGAUAUAUGCAGGAAGCUCGGACUUUCUUCCAUACCUUCCGUGAGGACCAUGAUCUAAUGCAUUUACGUGAUCUUCAAAAAUUGGAAGGUGUUCUGUCACCCCAACACCUUGAGGAGAUGGAACUUGCUCGUUCUUUGAGGCAGAGCAAAGUCAACAUAAAAUUAUGUGAGUAUUCGUAUGACCUCCUUCUGCAAUAUCUUCAGAAGACACAGGCAUUAACUAUGCUUGGAAUAGUAAAUGAGCAUAUUAAUUUCCAAGUUUCUCCUGGCCAGCCUACCUCAAUUUCAGAAGAUGCAGAUGUUGUUAGUCUAAUGGGGUCUAGCCAUGAAAUUGCUAAGCAAAUAAAUCAGAAGGAAGUACACUGGGGGUUACUUGAAGAUUCACUUGAGGAACGCUUGGAGAAGGCACAUUCUGAUUCAGAGAAGGUGGAAGGUGAAAACAAAGAGGUGGAUCCAGAUGAAAAUAAGAAGAGGUCUACUGAAGGAGGAAAACAAGGAGUUCCUGUCAAAAAAUUGAAAAAGGAUAAAGUUGUAGGCACACUGGGAAAAAAUGUUCGUUCGGAGACAAGCACAGUUUCAAUGGCACCUCGAGUGAAAGCGGAGCUAACUUUGCCUGUGAUGCCCACUGAAGCUGAGCAAUCUAUCCUUGAGGACUUGAGAAAUCGUGUGCAAUUGAGUAGCUUGGCAUUGCCAUCUGUCAGUUUCUAUACAUUUGUCAAUACACAUAAUGGACUAAAUUGUUCAGCCAUAUCCCAUGAUGGAUCUUUGGUUGCUGGAGGUUUUUCUGACUCAUCUGUGAAGGUUUGGGAUGUGUCCAAGAUUGGCCAAGCUGCGAAAACUUUUAAUACGCAGGGGGAAGAUGAAGCUUCUCAAAAUGAACUUUUGUUGGGAUCUGAUGAUGGAAAAAGAUCGUAUACAUUAUUUCAGGGUCAUACUGGUCCUGUUUAUUCAGCCACAUUUUGCCCUCUGGGUGAAUUUCUCCUAUCUUCUUCAUCAGACUCCACAAUAAGAUUAUGGAGCACUAAAUUAAACUCCAAUCUUGUCUGUUACAAAGGCCACAACUACCCAGUAUGGGAUGUUCAGUUUAGUCCUGUUGGUCAUUAUUUUGCUAGUUGUUCUCAUGAUCGCACUGCAAGGGUUUGGUCAAUGGAUAAAAUUAAACCAUUGCGGAUUAUGGCCGGGCAUCUAUCAGAUGUUGAUUGUAUUCAAUGGCACCCAAAUUGUAACUACAUCUCAACUGGUUCAAGUGACAAAACAGUCAGAUUAUGGGAUGUGCAAAGCGGAGAAUGUGUUCGCAUUUUCAUUGGUCAUAGAGGCAUGGUAUUAUCACUUGCAAUGUCUCCUGAUGGUCGAUACAUGGCUUCUGGUGAUGAAGAUGGUACCAUUAUGGUUUGGGAUCUUUCGACCGGCCGGUGCGUUUCACCAUUAAUGGGGCACUCUUCCUGCGUGUGGACUCUUGCUUUCAGCUGUGAAGGGACGGUACUUGCUUCUGGAUCUGCUGACAACACUGUAAAACUCUGGGAUGUCACUGCCAGCAUGAAGCCACUAAGAAUCGAUGAUAACAAAACUGGAGGUACUAUAAACAGACUGCGCUUAUUGAAGGUCCUCCCGACAAAAUCCACACCGGUUUACACAUUGCAGUUCUCCCGGAGGAAUCUUUUGUUCGCUGCUGGCGCGCUUUUGAAAUGCUAACAAGUUCCUGAUUGAUUAUCGACAGUUCGACACGCAAGUUUUGCGCAAGAAAUGCGACUGGUAAUGAUCUUCGUCGAAUGCACUCUUUUAUGCAAAUAGACUGGUUCUGACUAAUGGCAGUUUGACGUCCCAGUUAUCCACUCCAAAUACAUUGAUUUCAAGGUCUAAUUGUUCCAAAGACCUGCAAAUAGCUUAAAUUAAGUAUCUCAUAUAAAUCUGUUUCUUUUAAUCA